AUGAAACUUCUUCGAUGGCUCACCCUGGAGCGCCCACAGAAACGAUUAGCAUAUGAAAAAGUACCGACUGACAUGAUUAUGCCAGUCCACUACUUUGACGACACAACACUUUUGCGAAAUAGUGUCCAGUGCUGGAGCCUUCGGUUCAAUGAUGUGCUCGACCCCGAAAUGUUGCGGGCCUCUUUGUCGCAGCUCCUCGAGCGAGAGGGAUGGUGCAAGCUGGGGGGACGCAUUCGUCUAAACACAAAGCAAGAGUUGGAGAUUCACGUUCCCCAAGCCUUUACUUCGGACCGACCCGCAGUCAAUUUUCAUCAUGAUGUGCUCCAUGUCAGCAUCAGUGAACAUCCGCUGGCCUCAAGACUACCUGCACCUACCUCUGACACUCCGUCAGUGCACAAUGGCCCUUCGGUAUUUAGAGAGCUAGCUGUGACGCCAAGUACACCAGUCUGUUUGGAUGACUAUCUAAAUUCUGAUCUUCCACAAUUGACUCUGAACGUCGUAUCCUUUACUGACGCGACACUUGUAUCACUUUGUUGGCCUCAUAUUGCAGCAGAUGCGAUGAGUUUGCGUGACGUGGCCAUGGCUUGGAGUCUCGUGCUUGCUGGGCGAGAAUCAGAAAUUCCGCCGAUGCUGUCUUCUCGCUAUGAUCCGAUGGUGACUGCUGGCAAAGACCUUUCUUUUCAACAGACUCAUGUUCUUGAAGAACAACAAAUCAAGGGCUGGUGGUCUUUUCUCUGGAGCCUUCGCUUUGUUUUUGAUCUGCUCUGGUGGCGGAAGAUGGAAACGCGAACCGUCUUUCUGCCGCGGAAGGUUGUGGAACAACUGCGAAGCAACGCAUUAGCUUCGCUCGCGCAAAAGGCCGCGAACGAGGUCACCACUGAAGGGCAAGCGGUUUUUAUAAGCGAAGGCGAUGUGGUGACGGCAUGGAUGUCAAUGGUGGCAGCCUCAGCUCUUCUGCCCCUGAAGUCGUCACGGGCGGUUUGUAUCAGUAAUGCGUUCGAUCUCCGAUCUCGCUUACCAUCUAUAUUCCCUACCAAAGAGAAACAAGGUACGUAUGUGCAGAACGCCGUUUUUCCGUGCUGGACAAUUAUCAUGGCUCGUGAAAUUAUCGGAAAGACGGAUGCUCUCGGGGUUGCAGCCCUCCAAAUCCGUCGUAGCAUCAAGACGCAGACCACCGAGGACCAAAUUCAUGCAUUGGCACGUCUUACUCGAUUGUCGCUGGACCAAACAGGCUUACCGCCAAUGUUUGGCGAUACAAGCUCGUUCUUGAUCACGGCCUCGAACUGGUCAAAAGCUCGCUUUUUUGACAUAGUUAAUUUUGGCCCUGCAGUUCAGCUAAAACAACGGGCUUUAAAGAACCAGGGAUACACUCUAGCUAAGGACAGAGAGUAUGUUUGGAGAACGACCAAACCUGUUCGUCAAGCAACUGAGAGUAACCCAGUGUACUACCAUGUGGACAGUGUGAGCCUGAAUAACAUGUUGGCACGAAAUGCAUUCUUCGUUACGGGUACGCCGAAUGGCGACUACUGGAUCAAUGGAUGCUUUCCGAUUGCCGUCUGGAAUGCGGUAGAGGGGAUACUCAGUGAAAACUUUGUCCUAUACUAA